CUUCUGCUCCAUCACCAGACGAUGCGCCCCGGCAACUUCUAACAGCACCGAUGAGAGACCCCGAACAGCAGCAACGGUCAUCUUCAUAGACAGGUAAUGGCUCCAGUGUGACUACCACAACAUCAACCCGCCUAGCUGGCCUGUCUGACUCUGUAGCUAUGGCAACUUGUCCAAGGGGAUGUGCGCCAGCAGUGCGCCUUUGUCAGAGACUGAACCGACUGAAGACACUAGAUGAUGACAUGAUGGCAACUUCUCUGAAGCGCUGCCUCUCCACCCUGGACCUGACUCUCAUGGGUGUUGGCGGCAUGGUGGGCUCUGGGCUUUACGUCCUCACAGGAACAGUGGCUAAAGACACGGCUGGGCCUGCUGUCAUCAUAUCCUUCCUUUUCGCAGGUAUUGCGUCUUUACUGGCUGCCUUUUGUUAUGCAGAGUUUGGAGCACGUAUUCCCAAAACAGGAUCUGCCUACAUGUUUACCUACGUCUCCGUGGGAGAGGUCUGGGCCUUUCUCAUCGGCUGGAAUGUGAUUCUGGAGAACAUGAUUGGUGGUGCGGCCGUGGCACGUGCCUGGAGUGGCUAUCUAGACUCCAUUUUUAACCACGCUAUCCAGAACUUCACGGAGACACACAUUAUGCAGUGGCACGUGCCCUUCCUUGCCCAUUACCCUGACCUACUUGCAGCAGGAAUUCUAGUAGUUGCCUCCUUCUUCAUUUCCUUUGGAGUUCAAGUGUCCUCUUACCUCAACCACAUCUUCUCCCUCAUAAGUAUGGGUGUCAUCGUUUUCAUCUUGGUCUUUGGCUUUAUGCUGGCUGAACCAGCCAAUUGGAGCCAGGAACAAGGAGGCUUUGCACCUUUUGGGAUGUCUGGAAUACUGGCAGGCUCAGCCACUUGCUUCUACGCAUUUGUGGGCUUUGAUGUAAUUGCUUCCUCAAGUGAGGAGGCAAAGAAUCCACAGAAGGCUGUUCCUAUUGCGACUGCUAUCUCCCUUGCACUGGCAGCAACAGCCUACGUCCUGGUCUCCACAGUGCUCACACUAAUGGUUCCCUGGCGUACACUGGACCCCAACUCGGCUCUGGCAGAUGCUUUUUUCCGCCGUGGCUACAGUUGGGCAGGAGUUGUUGUGGCAGUAGGUUCCAUCUGUGCCAUGAAUACCGUGCUGCUCUGUAAUCUCUUCUCCCUCCCUCGGAUCGUGUACGCCAUGGCUGAGGAUGGAUUGUUUUUCUCCAUUUUCGCAAGGGUCAAUCCCAUUACCAAAGUUCCUGUCAAUGCUAUUCUGGUGUUUGGAAUCCUCAUGGCCACCAUGGCUCUGAUCUUUGACCUGGAGGCCUUGGUUCAGUUCUUGUCCAUCGGCACCCUCCUGGCUUACACCUUUGUGGCAGCAAGUGUUAUCGUGCUGCGCUUCCAGCCUGAGAAAACCAGCGGCAAGGGAACCGCUUCCACCACUCCGAACCCCAUCGCUGAGCCUUCCCCUGAGCCGAAGCAGUACGAGUCCUUCUCUGACAAACUCCAGCUGGUGGAAAGGCAGAAGUCGAAAGAGCCGCGUGGGGUUGGGCAGCUAAAGGCCUGCUGGGAACCAUACCUGGACAGGCUGCUGGGGGACUGUGAGCCAGGCGAGGUGGUGGCCUUCUGUGUGCUGACGCUGAUAGUGAGCUCAGUAUCCCUCUGCGUUGUGUUGGAAUUUGGAAACAAACAGCUGCAACUGCCAGUUUGGAGCUUCACGAUGCUGCUGGUGAUUUUUAGCUUAGCUUACAUCGUCAGCCUGGCGCUGAUAUGGGUUCAUGAGCCACAAAAAAACAACAAAACAUUCCAGGUACCUCUGGUUCCACUGACUCCGGGUGCCAGUAUCCUCUUUAAUGUAUUCCUCAUGAUGAAGCUCAGCCUUCUAACCUGGAUUAGAUUCACUGUGUGGAUUGCCAUUGGUCUCUUUGUGUAUUUUGGCUAUGGGAUCUGGCACAGUAAGGAGGGAAUACGGGAACUGCAGCCCAAAGACAUGGCCGCCCGGUACGUGGUGCUACCCAGCGGCAGCCUGGUAGAGACAGUGCAGUCCAUCCAGCCCGAGGGUCAAGUGGACUCCUCAGCGCACCACAUCACCGCCUCCACUGCCUCGACAGCCGAGGAAAACACAGGGAAGAGAUGAUAUGUGACCAAUCAUAGUCGUCAGUACAACUGCCUGGUAUUAUCUGCUGUCUCCCACUCAUGCGCUCUACUAUUACUAGUGUACUCUUUGUAUCUCACUCCCUUUAGCGUGUGACAGUCUGUACUUGUUGCUCUGCAAAUGUAUGCACACCACGGGAUGGGAUGCACUCUCUCUGUCUUAUUGUGAAGCAUAUUUGUAUAUCUUGUAAUACUCAAAUGUACAGUAGAGAGCUUUAUUACUGUCCUGUAAAACUUUUAGCAUCAAAGUUGUGUUAUAUCCUUUAAGACCAGCUCUCUUCUUGCAACCUUGCCAGUUUGUCCAUGCGGUUGUAGGUUAUAUAUGGUGCUUUCUUUGUUACAAACACUGGAGGAUUUUUAAAAAUGUUCACACAGCUCUGGAGCUGAAACAUUUACAUUUUUUGGAGGAUAACCAACUACAUUUUUGAAAGAUAUCAUUUUGAGCAGAGUAAGCAUCCAUU